AUGUUCGGCACCGCCACAUCGACAUCCAACAAGGACAAUGGGAACACGACUAGGGCCCAGUCUGUGCCGUCAAAAUCUCAGCCGGAUGGCGGGCUAACUGUCCCUGAGAGUGGCGAUAACUAUGUGGUGGAGAAGCGACACAGCAUCAGCGUCAGUCCAUCGGCCAAAAAGAAGGACGAUCAGGCCCAUUCAGCUGGUGACAAGAAGCGAAGAAGUAGUGGCGUCAGUAAAGCGAGCGCAUUGCUUUCCAGCGCGAAGAAUUCUUUGCAUCUUUCUGGUUCCUCAAAUUCGUCUGGCGAUGGCCCGAUUCAGACACCGAUUCAGAAGCUCGGGAAGAAGGACCCGGCUCUCAGCGUGCCGCAGGGCUCUCUCAAUAAUUCGGCCGGUGAAUCGUUCCCGGGCCCACGCUCCACCUUUCGAGUCGGCGUGACUGAGGACAAGAACAAAAAGUGCCGUCGAACCAUGGAAGACACGCAUGCGUACCUUUACAACUUCCUAUCCACUCCCGCCCCUGUCGUUGGCUCUCCUUCGAGCUCCCCGCCCAACAAAUCCGCCAUCUCAGACCGUUCCAAUUCAGACUCGAGCGCAUCCGGUUCCUCAUCACAAGUGGUUGAAACCGACAAUGGAUAUUUUGCCAUUUUUGACGGUCAUGCCGGCACGUUUGCUGCCGACUGGUGCGGCAAGAAAUUGCACUUGCUGCUCGAGGACUGUAUUCGACGGAAUCCCAAUACACCGGUCCCUGAGUUGCUUGACCAGACCUUCACCAUGGUCGACCACCAGCUAGAGAGACUGCCUUUAAAGAACAGCGGGUGUACUGCAGUUGUUGCGGUCUUGCGGUGGGAGGAUAGGAUACCUAACUCGCAUUCUGCGACGGGUUCCAUGGCCCUUGCCCCUGCCACAGCUGCCGCUCUCAGAUCUAGUUCUGGGGAAGGACUCGCCGCGGACUCGUCGAGUUUAGCAGCGCAAUCGCAGACGAAUGUGUCAGGCACUGCUGGCGACGACUCAAAAUCAAGCAACCUGGCCACACCCGUUGCUCAUUUGCGGUUACAAGAGUCGGCCUCGCGGCAACGAGUCCUUUACACGGCCAAUGUCGGCGACGCUCGAAUUGUGCUCUGUCGCAACGGAAAGGCCCUGCGGUUGUCCUACGAUCACAAGGGUAGUGACGAUAAUGAAGGAAAACGCAUUGCCAAUGCCGGCGGCCUUAUCCUGAACAACCGCGUCAAUGGCGUUUUGGCAGUGACCAGGGCUCUCGGUGACUCGUACAUGAAGGAUCUUGUCACUGGUCACCCCUACACGACGGAGACAGUUGUGCAGCCAGACAUUGACGAAUUUCUUAUUCUCGCAUGUGACGGUCUUUGGGACGUCUGCUCGGAUCAAGAAGCCGUUGAUCUCAUUCGACAUACUGCUGACCCGCAAGCCGCGUCAAAACAGCUCGUCGAUCACGCACUCUCACGCUUCUCAACAGACAAUCUCUCAUGCAUGGUCAUUCGAUUCGACAGUAAAGCUGUGCAAGGCACAGUCGAGCGGAAAAUCGAGCCCAUUGGCGUUGAAGGCGAUCCAUCGAGUACAAAAGAUGGAGGCAUCAGCGAGGCAGACGCCAUCGUUGCCGAGGCCAAGAAACAAGUUCAAGAGAGUGGAUCAGAGUUGGAGAACGUGACCACUCAGAGUAUAGUAGAAGAGAGUGAAGGCGAGUCGGGGCCGGAGUUAACUCCGACUGAAACCGAUUCGAAUCAGAAACAGCUCGGCAGCAAUUGUUGA